AUGAUGCACCACAACUUUCACUGCGCCUGUGCCCGGAGUCUGCACAUCCAAGCGGGCGUAGGACGAAGAGCCCAACCCAACGCUGUGCUCGAGAAGGUUUUCAACUCCAUCUCAAAACCGCUGAGUUCUGGGAUGUACUGCUUUUAUGUAAUACAGCUGGCGUUCUACUGGUCGCUCAUGUUCUCACAAUUCAUCGACAUAAAAAGAAAGGCUGCCAAGAUGGCCAACUAUGCCAAGUACCAGAGAGUGUGCGACUCAAUCUUCAUUGUGUUCAGUCUUGUGUUUUUCAUCACCAGACUAAUCAUUUAUCCUAUAUGGGUGCUGAACUCGACCAUGUUCCAGAGCUGGGACAUCGUGGGGCCCUUCCCGUCCUGGUGGGUCUUCAACUCUCUGCUGCUGGUCCUCCAGGUGCUGCACAUCAUCUGGUCCUACCUCAUCGCUCGCAUCGCUGUCAAGGCCAUGGCGCGCGGCAAGGUGAGUAACGACGUGCGCAGCGACAUCGAGAGCAGUUCAGAGGAAGAGGCCGACUCCAACGGCACCAACGGUCACUGCCCCGUGGCCUCCUGCCCCUCCAGCCCCCCGUGCCCCCCCUGCCCCUCCAGCUUCAGUAGAGCUGGAGACUCGCGGGAGAGUUAG